UCAAUCCACCCCACCACACAGAGAGACAGACAGAGAGAGAGAGAGACGGCUCCUCUUGCACGCACACACACACAGAGACAAUCACACUCAGUCACUCCGCGCGUAUUGCUCUCUGUACUGACACACGCACUAACACCUAGGACACUGCAAUCAGGAAAACCUCGGAUAUAUGAUCUUGAGCUUGUACAUAUAUAUAUUUACACACACGAGUCUGCGUGUUUAAUUAUGUUGUGAGUCCGCAAACACUUCACUGUAGUAUCGCGUAUAUAUAGUACCAGUUCUAUUGCAGAUAUAUAUACACACACAGACAACACACUGCCACGCUCCAUAGCCAUGCGGCAGGCACGUUAGGCUUGCAAGCGGCUCGCGGGGUAACAGAAGAUACGUACAUCUGUGCGUGCGCGCGCGUGUGUGUCUGUGCCGUGUGCCGUGUGCGUGCCCUUGUGUGCGCGUUUCUCGCGUCCCUACACUCGGGAAGGACGAGAGAGUGAGAGCGAGAGGGGGAGGAGGGAGCCCGAGCUGAAUUUGUUCUUUUUCCAUCGAGAAGAUGCCUGCGUUCGUUUCGACGCCGCCUCGAGUCUCGGAGAAGUCGCCGUUGCACAUCGCGAACCGCCGCGGCAUCCACUAGCGAAGGCAGCGAGAGACGAUUUGCAGAAGCCAACAACAACAACGGAACAAGUCCAGCGCGGGCGGCGGUCGGCCCGAGUUCGAAAUCUCUCGAGAAGUUUGUUGGACCCGGAGAGAGCCGCGUGAGCUGCAAGUCGCGCGCAGAGUCGGCGUCGUUCUCUCUCCUCUCGUUCAUUCACGAGCGCCAGCGUCCGCCGAUGCACCUCGGGGUUGGUGACGUUUCGCUUUCUCGUCCUGCACAGCAGAAGAUCUUUACAGUUACGGGCAACUGAGCAGGAGGAGGAGGAGGGCAGUCGCCGUUGUGAUUGUCCAAUGAUCGUCCGCUCCGACGAGCUGUCAGCCGAUGCUCCUGUACUGCCGUGACUGCUGGAUGGGUGCGAGCGGUGAGACGUGAAUCCACCUCGGCCCGUUCCACGCCGACGAUUUCCCCGCUGCCACCGCUCGACGGCGAUCUCGCGGCCACGACAACAAGGAGCGAGCAGAGAGCAACAACCGGGUUCACAAUAACAAACAAUCAACAACAACAACACGUGCGUGCGUGCGCGCGUGCGUGCGCGCUCCAACAGCGAGACAUGACUUAAGCGAAACUUCUUUGACGCGCGCAGAGUGACUGGGCACAACAAGGACAACAACAACAACAACAAGAACAGCAACAGCAACAACAACAACGCGACUUGUUUACCGACAAGAUAGAUCGUCGUCGCCGUCGCGAUGAAGGAUAAGACAAAGAACGCCGCCAGGACUCGACGGGAGAAGGAGAACGGGGAGUUUUAUGAGCUCGCCAAACUGCUGCCUCUCCCGUCCGCGAUCACCUCGCAACUCGACAAGGCGUCCAUCAUCCGCCUCACCACCAGCUACCUCAAGAUGCGCUCCGUCUUCCCCGAAGGUCUGGGUGAGGCGUGGGGUCACACUGCCCGGAGCAGUGCCCUUGACAAUGUGGGCCGGGAGCUGGGUUCACAUCUGCUGCAGACGCUGGACGGAUUCAUAUUCGUGGUGGCUCCGGACGGCAAGAUCAUGUACAUCUCGGAGACGGCAUCGGUCCACCUGGGCCUCUCUCAGGUAGAAUUGACAGGGAACAGUAUUUUUGAGUACAUCCACCCGGCCGAUCACGACGAGAUGACGGCCGUGCUGACCUUCCACCAGCCCUUCCACUCCAACUUCGUGCAAGCGGAGCUCGAGAUCGAGCGAUCGUUUUUCCUGCGCAUGAAGUGCGUCCUGGCCAAGCGGAACGCGGGGCUCACGUGCGGAGGAUACAAGGUGAUCCACUGCAGCGGCUACCUGAAGGUGCGUCCGUGUGCCCUCGACGUCUCUCCGUUCGAGGCGUGCUACCAGAACGUCGGCCUGGUGGCCGUGGGCCACUCGCUGCCCCCCAGCGCCAUCACCGAGAUCAAGCUGCACACCAACAUGUUCAUGUUCCGUGCCUCGCUCGACAUGAAACUCAUCUUCCUCGACUCGCGGGUGUCGGCGCUCACGGGCUACGAGCCGCAGGACCUCAUCGAGAAGACGCUGUACCACCACGUGCACGGCUGUGACGUGUUCCACCUGCGCUACGCCCACCACCUGCUGCUGGUGAAGGGCCAGGUGACCACCAAGUACUACCGCUUCCUGGCCAAGCGGGGCGGCUGGGUGUGGAUGCAGAGCUGCGCCACCAUCGUGCACAACAGCCGCUCGUCACGGCCGCACUGCAUCGUCAGCGUCAACUACGUCCUCACGGACGUGGAGUACAAGGACCUGCAGCUCUCCCUGGAGCAGAUGCACGCUCGCAAAGUGGCGAGCGAGCUGGCCAGCACCGACGCGCAGCAGCAGCAGCAGCAGCCCGAGGGCCGGCGGCCGGCCAAGGGGCGCGCCGCCAAGCACCGGGGCAAGCCACGCGCGUCGCCCUACCCACAGACGCACCACACGACCUUCUACUCCGAGAGGGGCGACUCGGACCGCGAGAGCCAGUGGGAGGAGCAGUCGUGCGCCGAGUCUCCUCCGCCCCUCGGCACGCCGUUCCGGGACGCAGCCUACGCCAGCACGCAGCACACCUACACGCUGUCCCACCCCGACACGGCCACCACCACCAUCUCCUCGUUGUCCUACGAGGACCCGCACCCGGCCUUCGCCUCGUCGGAGCCGGCGCUGGGCUCCUACCCGCAGUACGACGCCAGCCCCCUGCGGGGGCCGCUGGGCCAGCAGGGCCGCUACCACUGCCCCUCCUCCUCCUCCUCCUCGUCCUCCUCCUCGGCGGCGGCGGCCGCGGCAGCCGGCGCCGCCGCCGCGACCGCCGCGGCCGCUGCGCUCAGCACGGUCGUGCCAGCGGCCCCCUCCGGCGUGACGGCCGACGUGGAGUCGGAGUGCCGGUGGCAGGCGGUCCGCUCCGGGUUUUACGCGCUGCGCGCCGGCGGGGACACGAGGCAUUCGUACGGCGGCGGCGGCGGGGUCAUCGCCCCUCCCCCACACGCCAUGCCCUUCCACGCGGCGCACGGAAGCAACGGGUGGCGUGGGGUGGACCACGCUGGGCUCGGCUUGGCGGACGAUUACACGACCGAGGUGUAUCAUCAUCAGCAGCAGCAGCAUCAGCAGCAGCAGCAGCAACCGAGUCGCAUUGAAUCUCUCAUCCAAGCGACGCAACAGAUGAUUAAGGAGGAGGAGCAGAGGCGCCUGGCUCCUUCCAAGAAGACGUCUUCGUCUGUCGCCAAAUUCCCGAGCCCCUCAUCGACGUCGUCGCUGGAGGGAUCUCACGGAGGAGGUGGCGGCGGUAACGGAAAUACCUACGCCAGCUGUUCACCGCCCACGAACCAUCAUCAUCAUCAACAGCAGCAGCAGCAGGCUCAAAGGCAUCACCACCACCAGCAACAACAACAACAGCAGCAGAACCAUCACCACCACCAUCAGCAACAGCAGCAGCAGCACAGCUCCUCGCAAACCGUGCUGGACUACUCGCGAAUCCAACCGUCGACCCACUCCCCUCCGCAGACGCUCGCCUACGGCAAGUCCGCGGCGGGUGGCGGCGGCGGCCUCUACGGCCGCGACUUCAAGCCGGCGGCGUACGACGGGUCGGCGGGCGACGCCGACCGCCACGGCUCGCCGCCGGAGCUCAGCGCGCGGUUCCACCGCGGCGUGCCCGGCGACGCGGCCGCCCGGCACGACCGCGGCUCGCCGGCCGACGUCGCGGGGGAAGCGGAGCAUUCCCCGUGCGCCUACUCGGGCUACGGCGCCGCCUCGAGGCACGCUUGCUACGGCGCCGCCGGCGUCGUCGCGGGCGGCGCCCCCGGGACUCUCGCCGGCGGGGGCGGCGGUGCGGCGGACGGGAAGACCGGCGGGUUCUCGCUGUCGGGGUACGGCGAGAGGACGGCCUUCGACGCCGCCGGGAUUCAUCACGGCCACCACGGACACCUGCAGCUGAACGGGACGUCGGUGAUCAUCAUGAACGGGAGAUAGUUUCCUGGCUGAGAUUCUUUUUUUUCGUCUCAUUCCUCCGGGCCGGGUGAACCGCGGAGCGACUCGCGGUCUCGCCACCGCCGCCGCCACUAGUUUUGUGGGACGUGACCUGGCCCGGAGAUGCGUUUUGCACUUCGCCUGCAAGUUGGAUAGCGCUGGCGGCAGUGGCGGCGGCCAGGUGGACAAAGCGCCGUUGAAAUAAAGAGAGAGGUUAAUAUAAUGGUUGGGGGAGAAGACGUCGAUCAAACGAUGUGGCUUGUGUAGAAUAGCGGCGUCCACGGACGGAGAGAUUUUGAUGCCAGUGGAUCAAGAGGACUGUUCAGAGACUCCCCGAGUAUAAAUGUACAAUUUAAUGAGACCUGUAUUAUUAUUAUUAUUGUUGAUAUUUACUUUUUAUUAUUUUAUCAGAAAACGGAGUAGCUGCAAUUGUUUUGGGUCACGUUGGGAGAAAAAAAAAACUAAAAGUGCGAGGGGGAAAAACGAAAUUAACUCUGUCCAUAUUCAAAGCCACUUUGUUGCAUGAGUUGAUGGCAUUUGAUGUUCACUUUUGAAGGCCCAACAUCCAAGAAUUAUUGGGGAGAAUAUCACCGGUUAUAAGGCGACAAGAUGCCCCCCCCCCCCCUUUACUCUAUAAAGUGCAAACUUCAUCAAUAAAUCAAUGCCUGAGGUUG